AGGCCUAAGCCCUGGUUCACAUAUAUGCGGCCGUGCGGGCCACGUUUUGUGCACGCACGAGAACCCAUUCAUUUGAAUGGACUGCUGUGCCCCAUGACAUGCAGGGAAGAAGUCCCUGCACUUCUUCUGAAAACGCAGCCCGCACAGGAACCUCAGUUCCCAGUACGGUCGCGUAUUCCAGUGCGGGCGGCAUACUAUUAGAACUAAUGAUACCCGCCCAGCUGUGCGGGUGGUGCCGCUGAGGAUCUGCACGAAAAUCUGUACAGCCACACCACCCGCACAGAGAAAUGCGGACCUGCGG